AGAGGAAUGUGCAUGUGAAAAUGAUGCAGCAGAUGAAUAAGAAGAAGGGAAAUGAAAACAAGAAUACUGUGAAGAAAAGCAGGUUCUUGAUUACGGUCAAUGUUCUUGGUAGUGCAGGGCCUUUAAGAUUCUUAGUCAAUGAGGAUGAUCUUGUUGCUGCUGUUAUUGAUGUUGCCUUGAAAUCUUAUGCUCGUGAAGGUCGGCUUCCCGUUCUUGGUUUAGACCCCAACAAGUUUCUUCUCUACUGUGCCAACGCAGGGUCAGAUGCUUUGAGUCCAUGGGAAAAGAUAGGAUCUCAAGGAGGACGGAAUUUUGUGUUAUGCAAGAAGCAGGUGCAUCCACAGAUGACUGAAGCAAGGUCCGCGAUGAUAACCCAUAAGGCAAGUGGUUGGAAAGCAUGGCUCAACAAAUCCUUAAAAAUAUGGGGGCAAGAUAUCCGAUGUGAUGCCAAGUGCUACGCGAGAAUGCUGGUUGAAGGUAUUCGUGAUAUUCAUGAUAGAGGCUAUGUUCAUUGUGAUCUCAAGCCAGAAAAUAUCCUUGUUUAUUCUGAUAUGUAUGGUUCUAUUAGAAGUCUAAAGAUUGCUGAUUUUGGCCCGACUAUUGGACCUGGAGAAAAAGAUACGACAGAGUUAGAGCCUUGGAUGCUAGAUUUUCCAGGAACAGCAGUUUACAUGCCACCUGAAUCUGUUACUGAUGGGAAAAUCAGAGCUGCGCUAUAUAUAUGGUCGCUAGUGUGCAUUUUUCGUGAGAAGAUCACCGGGAAACUACCAUGGGAAUAG